GAAGACCCAAGUUUUUUCUAGUGGAUAACUCCAUUGAUACAAAGCUUUUUCUGGUCUCUGUUAUGGAGAGGCACAUACAGAUGUUUUUGAAGAGGCUCUCGUACGUCUCCAUAACCAUAGGCACAAUCACCUUCAUCCUCCUCUUGCUCAAAACUCCAGACACCUGCGUCGCACCAGAUUCGCCCCCAAAGCCCCAUCUCCGCUUCCCCAAAUCCUCCUGCGACUCAUCGCCUCGCGAGCUCCUCCCUCUGCACAAGAAGAACAAGCGGCUCUGGUCCACCAAGACCUGGCAGAACAAAGUCCAGUCCUUCUCCAACUUCUUUCGCGCAUGUUAUCAAAUGGGUCUCCUGCACAACGACUCCAAGGUCCUCUGCGUCUCCGCGGGUGCCGGACACGAGGUCAUGGCCCUGAACCAGUUGGGCGUCUCCGACGUCACCGGAAUUGAGCUCCUCGAUUCGCCUCCUCUGGUGAGCCGGGCCGAUCCCCACAACUUGCCCUUCUUUGACGAUGUGUUUGAUUUGGGUUUUAGUGCUCAUUUCGCAAAGGCUUUGUUUCCGAACCGGUUUGUGUCGGAGAUGGAGAGGACUGUGAGGGCCGGUGGGGUUUGUGUGGUGGUUGUUGACGAAUGUGGGGAUGAGGAGGUUAGGGAGAUUAUAGAUUUGUUUACGAAUUCAAGCUUUCUUGGUGCGCUUAAUGUUACUUUGACUGGAUUGAGAAUGACAAGGAUUAUUAUGAAAGUUCAGCAUUUACCUUGAUUUUUGAUGUUGCUUGACAAUGCCUUGUUCAGAUGCAGCAAAAGAAACUUGCCCUUCUAUCCUAAACAAAAAUCAUCCUGUGUUGCAAAAACCAC